AUGGCAGAAAAACGAAAACCGGAAACAUUAUCAGUUGAGCAAAAAGAUGAAAUUCUUCAGAUGUUGGAAAGAGGUCAGUCUCGAAGAAUCAUAGCAGAAAAAUACGCCAGUGACCGUUGGUUCCAACACUUUAGAAAUCGUAACCGUAUCAAUCCUACAAAUAUCAGGCAAGAUUCUCCAACCCCAAGUACAGCUGCAGGGAAUACCUUCAGAGUUCAUUUUAGCAGAAUUCUGCAAAACGAGGAAUUCAAAUUGGAGAACGUUUACAAUGCCGGUUACACACCAAUAAUGUGGAAAUCAGUACCAAAAGAAACUUCGAUCUUUCGCCGCGGGCAAUCAACGGCAAGCCAAAAAAUGUGCGGAAAUCACGUUACUACACUUCUUUGUGCAAAUGUUACCGGAUGUCACAAGUUGCCGGUACUAAUAAUCGGCAGAACUAUGGAACCUCAAAGUUCCAACAAUUUGAAUACAAAUACCUUCUCAAUUAUGUACAGAGCGAAUACUAAUGCUUGGAUGGACAGUACCAUUUUCAAUGAAUGGUUCACAGAAUGUUUCUUAGAAUCAGUAAAAAAAAGACAAGAGAAGAACGGGCGCAGGGAGAAAACUCUGUUGUUACUAGACAAUUCUAAGUUACAUCCCGAUCUCAAUGAUCUAAAUAAAAAAGAUGAAUUCGUUACAGUUAUGAGUCCUUCCCGCAUUCGCCUUCCGCCUACCGACCUGUGUGCCUGCUGGAUCAGGCGGGCAAGCUGUUGGACAGGAUCGUGGCUGCCCGGCUCGAGUCUCAUCUGUCUCGGCGGGCUCCCGGGCUACACGACAGCCAGUUUGGUUUCCGGAGGGGGCGGUCUACGACCGACGCCGUCGGCCGGGUCCGCGCCCUCGUCGAGGGGGCCGUGCGGCGGGGUCACGUGGCGCUGGGUGUGUCGUUGGACGUAG